AAAUAAGUAAAUAUGGACGUCGGAGAUUAAACAUCAACACAAAGUGACUACAGAUGCGAAUUAUUGUAAAGCUAUAAUCUGGUACGGUGGCUGUUUACGUUGUACGUGGUGCCUUUUUAAUAAUAUAUAUAUAUUUAAAAAAAAAAAAACAUGUACCAGGUUACCAAUCAGAGAAAAUGAAUUAUAUUCUGACGUAGCUCGGUCGUGUCUUGGUGAAGUAUACUAUAGAGCCGUCAGUGGGCUCAGUAUCAGAUUGUUUGUGAGGGGUUCGAUGAUGAGGGGGAUGGGAGAAGGGCGGCUGCGCGGCUGUUGUUUCUGACGUCACUACCUCUGCGCUCCCGCGGGCCGUCUCAGCAUCGCUGCACCGUAACGCUUUAAUACACGACCGUUAAAGUACGCGACCAUGGACGACCUACCGCCAAUUCUCAACAUCUCCAUUUGUCUCAAGAUCCAGCCCAACGAGGGCCCUGUGUUCUUCAAGGUGGACGGGACGCGCUUCGGUCAGACGCGGACCAUCAAGCUGCUCACGGGCUCCAAAUACAAGAUCGAGGUGGUGCUGAAACCCGGGAAGGCGGAGGCUACCAACAUGAACAUCGGGGGGGUGAUAUUCCCCCUGGAGCUCCAGGCCCAGGAGGGAGACCAGGAGGUAGGGGACAAGAUGGUCUACCACGGCCAGUACGACACAGAGGGGGUCCCCCACACAAAGAGUGGAGACCGACAGCCCAUCCAGGUCAGCAUCGAGUUCCCCAAGGCCGGUCAGUUCGAGACCGUGUGGCAGGUGAAGUUCUACAACUACUACAAGAGGGAACACUGCCAGUUCGGGAACAAGUUCAGCGACAUCGAAUACGAGUGCAAGCCCAACGAGACGCGGACCCUGAUGUGGAUCAACAAGGAGAUCUUCAACUGAGCCUCCGGCGGGACGCUGGCCUGCCGGGGAACCAGAGACCAGGAACAACACUGCUUUCAGAACAAGAGCCGUCUCCCAUGCAGGUUUCUCGCGGGGCGGAUGUAACCAGGCAUGAGCAGUCGAACCAGAACACUUUUUACAUCAAUCAGCAGCUUUGAUGGGACA